AAAGGGAGGAAUGAAACGCUGCGUUUAAGCGGCAAGGACCGAGCGCGAGCCAUCGUUGCCGCCUCCGUGAAAAUGCUGGUACUCAAAACACUGAAGCAAACCCAAUGGAAACAAAACCUCAAACACUUGUCAACCCUUUACAAACCACCAAAAACUGACCUCCCCACAAUAGUUUCCACCAACAUUUCCAUAAGCGGCCACUGCAAAACCGGCCAACUCGACAUUGCUCGCAAACUAUUCGACGAAAUGCCCCACCGAACCGUCGUCUCAUGGAACACCAUGAUUUCCGGGUACUCGAAGUGGGGCAGAUUCGGGGACGCUCUGUUUUUGGUUUCGGCUAUGCAUCGUGGUGGUAAUGUAGGACCAAAUGAUUCCACCGUAACAUCAGUGCUUGGAGCGUGCGCGCGUUCCGGGUGUUUGAGGGAGGGAAUGGAGGUGCAUUGUCUGGUGGUGAAGUCCGGGUUGGAGAGGUUCGAGAUUCUGGGGAGUUCGUUGUUGUGUUUUUACGCUAGCUGUUUGAAAAUCGGGGAUGCUGAGCGGGUUUUUGAGGAGUUGCGUGGGGGGAAUGAGUUGUUGUGGGGGGUGAUGCUGGUUGGUUAUGUGCAAUGUAACUUGAUGGAGAGUGCUGUGGAGUUGUUUGAGAGGAUGCCGAAGAAGGAUGUUGCGGCGUGGAGUAGUUUGAUUUCGGGGUAUGUGAAGAGGGAAGAUGGGUGUGAGAGGGCGUUGGAGUUGUUUGGGUUGAUGAGGGAGAGUGGUGAGGUGGUGCCGAAUGAGUUUACUUUCGACUCUGUUGUAAGGGCUUGUGGGAAACUGGGGGUGUUGUGGGUAGGGAUGGUUAUUCAUGGCCUUUCAGUGAAAUGUGGUGUUGAUUUUGAUGUAUUUGUUAGUGUUGGAUUGAUAGAGUUUUAUAGUGAUUGCCAAGCUGUGGACUUUGCCAAGAGAGUUUUUGAAGGAAUGGAGAACCCGAGUUUAAAUGCUUCCAAUGCAUAUAUAGGUGGGCUUGUAUCGAUGGGUAGGAUUGCAGAUGCAGAGAGAGUUUUUGAUGGAGUGAAAGAGAAGGAUUCAGUUUCAUACAAUUUGAUGAUUAAAGGUUAUGCGAUGAGGGAUCAAGUCAAUGAGGCAAAGAGGUUAUUUGAGUGUAUGAAGCACAGAACUAUAGUUUCUUCCAAUACAAUGAUUUCUGUGUACUCCAGGAAUGGUGAGAUUGAUAAGGCUUUACAGCUUUUUGAAGAAACGAAAGGGGAAAGAGACCAUGUGACAUGGAGUGCCAUGAUGUCGGGUUAUAUUCAUAAUCAGCAACAUGAGGAGGCUCUGGAACUAUAUGUGACAAUGUGCAGAUUAUCAAUAGACCGUACAAGAUCAACAUUCGCUGCUCUAUUUCAUGCCUGUUCAUGCCUUGGUUCUCUUGAGUUGGGACAAGUGCUCCAUGCCCAGUUGAUCAAGACACCAUUUGAAUCGAAUGUGUAUGUUGGAACUUCUCUGAUUGAUAUGUAUUCGAAAUGCGGGUGCAUCACUGAUGCAGAAACAUCCUUUAACAGCAUUACUUCACCCAAUGUGGCAGCUUGGACAGCUCUCAUUAAUGGGUGUGCACAACAUGGGCUUGGCUCUGAGGCAGUUUUGUUGUUUGAGAGAAUGUUAAAGCAAGGAUUCAUCCCUAAUGCUGCUACUGUUUUUGGGGUUCUGUCUGCCUGCAAUCAUUCUGGCCUAGUAAAUGAAGGGAGGAGAAUAUAUGACUUAAUGGAAAAAAGUUAUGGGAUAAACCCAAGUUUGGAACACUGUGCAUGCAUAGUAGAUCUUCUUGGUCGGUCUGGCCGUCUACAAGAAGCUAUGGAUUUUAUUGAAGAAAUGACCAUUGAACCAGAUGGGGUUAUCUGGGGAGCAAUGCUCAAUGCGUGUUGGCUGUGGAUGGACACAGAACUUGCUGAGCAGGUAGCUGAGAAAAUGUGUAGUUUGGAUCCCAAGCCAGUAUCUGCUUAUGUAAUUUUAUCCAACAUAUAUGCUGUACAGGGGAAGUUUGAGGAGAAGAUCAACGCUAGAAACAGAUUGAGAAAAUUGAAAGCAAAAAAGGAUCCUGGAUGCAGUUGGAUUCGGCUGAAUUUCCAAGUUCAUCAAUUCGCUGUACAAGAUACUAACCAUCCUCAUUGUACCAUGACUUACAAAACUUUGGAGCAUCUGACAGCAAAUAUGAACUCUAUUGUUGAAUUUGGUUCUGUUUAUAUGCCAACAGUAAACUCUAGUUCUAUCUAUGCAACAUAUAUUCUAUGACCACAUUCACAACAGCUGUUUAUUCUAUACAUUCCUUUGUGAUAUACAUGGUUUUUGAUUCAUAAGUUUCUUUACUGAUUGUUUAGUUUCUACCUGAGCAUAGAAUUCGUUUGAUAGUUUAAGUUCCAUGGUUCUCAUUACUUGGCUAGUGUACAUGAGCUAACCUGCAUAGAGUUUGUGAUAUACAUGAACCUAACCUGCUAAUGAAUAUGUAAAUGCUGAAUAGGUUCACAGGACAUAUUCAGCGAAGUUAACUCUUUAUGCACAGGAGAAAUGAUUUGAGGUAUUCUUCUUGACUUCUAUAACUCUUUAUGCUGAUGCUGCUAUAUAUAGAGACUGCUCUUCUGGUUUUGCUUUGGCAUUCAUCAAUUUUCGAGGUAACGUCAACUCUUUUUUAAAAAGGUAAUUUUGAUUGUUUUGGGGAUAGA